UGCUUGUCAGCCAUUUUGUCCAGCGACAGGAAGAUCGUUUCUGUCAAACAAAGACGAUUUUGACGAAGAUCUCACGUGUUACCGAGCCUACAGCAAUAGUAACACACAGAAAUGGAUGAGCUGCCAUCUCCCUUACACCCCGGGAAUGAGAUUGCUAUGGAUGACCAACCAACUGUACACCCUGGGAAUGAGGUUGAUAUCAUAGACCAGACUGCUAUAACCGACCAGUUGCCUAUAAUUGACCAGCCAACUCUACACCCUGGGAACGUGUACCCCGGGAAUGAGAUUGCUAUGGUCGAACAACCAACUGUACACCCUGGGAACGAGAUUGCUGUAAUGAACCAGCCCACUGUACAUCCUGGGAACGAGACUGCUAUGGUCCAGCAGCUGACUGUGUACCCUGGGAAAGAGAUUGCUUUUACCAGCCUCUCAACUAUGCACCCUGGUAAUGAGACUGCUAUAACCGACCAGCCAACUCUACACCCUGGGAACGAGAUUGCUAUCAUUGACCAGACUGCUGUAACCGACCAGCCAACUCUAUACUCUGGGAACGAGACUGCUAUAUCCGUCCAGCCAACUGUACACCCUGGGAAAGAGAUUGCUAUACUCGACCAGUUGGCUAUAACCGACCAGCCAACUCUACACGCUGGAAAUGAGAUUGCUAUAAUGGACCGGCCAAUUGUACACCCUGGGAACGAGAUUGCAAUAAUGGACCAGCCAAGUGUACAUCCUGGGAAUGAGAUUAGUAUGAAUGACCAGCCAACGGUACACCCUGGGAAUGAGGUUGAUAUCAUCGACCAGACUGCUAUAACUGACCAGUCAACUCUACACCCUGGGAACGAGACUGCUAUAAUGGACCAGCCAACUGUUCACCCUGGGAACGAGAUCGCUAUAAUGGACCAGCCAACUGUACACCCUGGGAAUGACAUUGCAAUGAGAGUAAGCGUUCCACGUGAAAAACGCUUUGCGUGUACGGAAUGUGACUACAAGGCAACUUCAAACUCCGACAUACUAAAACACGAAAGAACACACACAGGUGAGAAACCCUACAGGUGUGACCAGUGUGACUUUUCUGCUGCUACAAAAGGCAACUUAGAUCGACACAUGGUUAAACACACCGGAGACAAACGCUACAUAUGUGGCGAGUGUGGGUUCAGGACGGUUGACAAGUCUCACCUAGCCUAUCACAUGACUACCCACACAGGUGAGAAACCCUACAAAUGUGACCAGUGCGACUAUUCCGCAGCACGGAAAUUCACUUUAAACCGACACAUGAAAAAACACACUGGUGACAAACGCUACAUGUGUGGGCAAUGCGGGUUCAGAACUGCUUACAGAUCCUACCUCACCAAACAUAUGAAAAACCAUGCCGGCGAAAAACCAUUCAAAUGUGACCAGUGCGACUAUUCUGCAGCACAGAAGGAUGCUUUAGAUGGACACAUGGCUAAACACACCGGACACAAACCCUACAUGUGUUGGGAGUGCGGAUUCAGAACUGCAUAUAGUUCUGCUCUUUCCCGACAUAUGAGAAACCAUUCAGGCGAAAAACCGUUCAAAUGUGACCAGUGCGAAUACUCUUCUGUGGAAAAAGAUGCUCUGAACAAACACAUGGCUAAGCACAACGGAGAAAAGCACUACAUGUGUUGGGAGUGUGGGUACAGGACUGCUUACAGCUCUCACUUGUCCCAACACCUGAAAACACACACAGGUGAGAAACCCUACAAAUGUGACCAGUGUGACUACUCUGCCGUAGAAAAGUGGACUCUAGACCGACAUGCGGCAACACACGCCAAAGACAAAAGAUACAUGUGUGAAGAGUGUGGAUACAGGACGGCUAAGUCAUCCCACCUUACAGUACACAUGAGAACUCAUUCAGGGCUGAAACCCUACAAAUGUGACCAGUGCGACUACUCAGCUGCAAAGAAAGGCCAGUUAAACAGGCACAUGGUUAAGCACAAUGGAGACAAACCCUACAUGUGUGGCAGGUGUGGGUACAGGACAGCUGACAGGUAUUAUCUAACCACGCACAUCAGAAAACACACAGGUGAGAAACCAUUCAGUUGUGACCAGUGCGACUAUUCUGCUGCAUAUAAAGGUGCUUUAGACAGGCACAUGGCGAGACACAAACUAUUUAUCGAUGGAGAGUCCACAGAAAUUCUAAAACCAUACAAAUGUGAACACUGCGACUAUUCUGCUACUGAAAAGUGGACUUUAGACCAGCACAUGGUUAAACACACAGGAGAGAAACCCUACUUAUGUGACGAGUGUGGAUACAGGGCAGCUUACAGGUCAAACCUGUACCAACACUUGAGAACACACACAGGUGAGAAACCUUACAAGUGUGACCAGUGCGACUAUUCUGCAGCACAGAAGGACAAGCUGGACCGACACAUGGCUAAACACACUGGAGACAAACCCUACAUGUGUGUGAAGUGUGGAUACAGCACUUCUUACAAGUAUAACUUAACCGCACACAUGAAAACUCAUACAGGUGAAAAACCUUACAAGUGUGACCUGUGUGACUAUUCUACUGCCCAGAAAGGCAAUUUGGACCGACACAUGGCUAAACACACUGGAGACAAACCCUACAUGUGUGUGGAAUGUGGGUACAGCACUUCCUACAAGUAUAACUUAACCGCACACAUGAAAAAUCAUACAGGAGAAAAACCCUACAAGUGUGACCAGUGUGACUAUUCUGUCACAAAGAAAGCCAAUUUAGACCGGCACAUGGCUAAACACAGGACUGACCUACAUUUAACUCAGAACAACUGAUACAAACCAGUGAAAUUGCCAAA